AUGGGAGCCGCUUGGAACCCAGCGCAAGACAUGCCGAACCUUACAGGCAAGAUCGCUCUCGUCACGGGCGCAAGCACUGGGAUAGGGUUCCAAAUUAUUCGUCAGCUCGCCCAAGGAGGAGCCAAGGUGUUCGCCACGACACGGUCGGAGGAGAAAGCAGAGAAAGCUCGAGAUGCCCUCAAGACUCGCUACCCCAAUAUCCCGGCGGGGGCCAUUGAGUGGCUGCCACUCGACCUAACCAAUAUUCAAAGAAUCAGCGAAGUUUCAGAAGAGAUUCGUAGCAAAGUUGAUAGGCUCGAUGUCCUGGUUCACAACGCAGCAACCGCCACACCGGCUCAUCAGCUUGUGGACGGAAGAUGGGAAAAGCACAUGGCAGUCAGUGUUGUCGGGCCGUUUCUUUUGACGAACCGGUUGUUACCUCUCCUCCAGAUGACGGCCAAGAUGCCGGGCGCCGACGUCAGGAUUGUCACCUGUUCUUCAAACGCCCCACAAGUGUUUUUACCAAAGGACUUUCCCCUGCGCUUCGACUCGCCCUUGGCGCUUGCAGCAACAGUCUCUGCUUACCCGUGGCACUGGCGAUUUCUUGGGCGAUUCGUCUUCGCCAGCGACAUGAUCCUGUACAGCGUGGCCAAGGCCGGAGCGGAAGUCUUUGCGUCGCAGCUCCAGAAGACAUUUGAUAAAAGCCAUCUACCCAUUUUGUCAUUGGUCGUCCACCCAGGCCCGACAGCGACCGAAGGCUUGUUGGAGGUCAAUAGUGCUUUCAUCAGAGCGGUCGCACGCCUUGCUUUCCAGUCCUCAGAGCACGCUGCCUCGUUGCCACUCUUUGCAGCCACGGCGGAACGGGUCCGCCAGCAGCCGGAGCAGUUCAAAAACGCUUUAUUGAUAUCAGGUGGCCAAACAAUAAACCUGCACCCAGUCACCUCGGAUGGCAAGCAAGCCAGAGGACUGUGGGAUACUGUCGACGGGCAGUUGACUCAGUAUCUCAAGGCGGACGGUCUCGCUCCACUGCAGAGUUGGUGA